AUGCCGCUGUUAGCAUCCCUCAAGAAGAAUUUCUCUGGUGGAUCUUUCAUCACGUCGAUGGUUAAGCCGUCAGUGGGAGAUCAGCCGCCCUCGGACGAAGAAGGAGACCCUUCGUCGCAAACGAGUACGAGUUGUGCAUCUGCUUCUCAUCCGUCCCUCUCCUCUGGUGACAUGUCGGGGCCACGAGUUGCCGAUCUUGGCCAGGGAGCUUGGUGGAUAUGUUCUUCAGACAUCCAUGAAGCAGCUACGAGCUCCGCAAAUGUGGAAUGGUUACACGACCAUAUGCGAGGCUCGAGUGUAGACGCGGAGGCGUUGGCAGAAGCGCUUGCCCAGUGUGCGCAGGCAGACGAUGCCAGUGGCUCCAACAGCAAUGUGACGGCCUUUUUUCCAGAGGAGAUGCAAAGAUUGGGCAAGCUUAGGUGGGAUGGUGACGGGCACUAUGUCUUAGAUCAAUUCCCGGGGGAGCACCCUCCGACCUUGGGUCAGAUCAUUACCUACCUGAAGAUGGUGGACGCUGAAUUGAAGGCGUCCAGGACGGUGGUCCACGUCACGUCCCACCGGAGGCGUGCCGUGAGCGCGGUGCUGGCGGGGGCAUUUCUGGUACUGGCACGCGGUUUGACGCCCAAGGAAGCAUGGGAACGUGUCCUUGCAGUUUGUGACACGCCAGAGAGCGAUGCGAAGGCUGCAUGGGAUCGCUUCCCCCCACCGUUUUCCAACACAGGAGAGACUGGGCCUACGUCUCUCACAGUCUAUGACUGCUUGCGAGGCCUGGCAGCCGCUCGGGAACACAGCUGGCUCGAGGACUUUCACCUUUUUGAUGUAGAAGCCUGGAAGCUUAUGCGAGAGAAGUUCGACGCUUCUUGGCUGAUUCCAGGCGAAAUUUUGGCCAUGGCGAACCCUCUGGGCACUUCACAGAAUCCACGGUUUCCAGGCUUAUUGGAGAGAGGGCCUGCACCGGAUCAACGGCUGCGAGAAGACGAGUGUCUGACAAGUUCAGACUCGGGUGGCAGCAUCGCAGACCAUGCUGAGGACGUCUCGAAGUAUCGAAGCUCCUCAGAAGGCUGGUUGAAUAUUCCCACAUCGGACGACAUCCGUCGAGGUGUGUCCUGGAAGCUUCCCUUCUCCAGGUCAGCGGAGCACGAACGUCUUGAAGCGGACACUUUCAUUUCCUUGAUGCUACGCAGCAAAGUCUUCGAGGUCACAAGGCUCAACUACGACUAUGAGUGCAAGGAUCAAGACAAAUACGAGAAGGCGUUCAUGAGACAAGGCGUUCGAGUGCACCAUCUCCCUUUCACGGACGGUGACGUCCCCUCCAAGGCGGUUGUCAAUGAGUUCUUGAAGCAAUGUAAAAAAGCCUUGAGCAAAGACGGCACGAUAGCCCUUCAUUGCAUGGGAGGCAUGGGCAGGACUGGAGUCAUGGCAGGCACCCAUGCUGCCGCUCAUCACCAGGUUGAUGGGAAAGCUUUCCAUGGCUGGACUCGAAUAUGCCGGCCUGGCACAGUGCAGACUGUAAAGCAAGAGGCCACGCCUACUUUUGCUGAGUGGGUUUUCCAUCUCCGCGAAGCUCCAGAUUGGGAAAGACAAGAGAUGGUUGGUCGCUUGUAG